CUUCCACCCCGACGCGCUGUUCCUCUCGCCGUGCAUUACUCUAGCUGGCCGCUGCCAUAAUCCCUAAUUCCGUAUUUACCUUAUCCCUAUUCUUGUAUCUAGCUACGCAGUAACAACCCCAAUCUCUGAAUUGGGCGGAGUUUCCCCGAUCUGUCCGCCUCAACUUGUCCUUCUGUUUUACACCUGGAUCCGCGCGAAUCGUCAUAUACACCAUGGAUUUCAGCUCACUAAAGGAUCAAGUCAGCAAUUUAACGCUGUAUGAUAUCAAAGCUGGUGUCAGAAAAGUGCAAAAUGCUGUGAUGAAUUACACCGAAAUGGAGGCGAAGGUUCGGGAAGCUACGAAUAAUGAACCUUGGGGUGCCUCCUCUACACUUAUGCAGGAGAUUGCAAACGCAACACAUAGCUAUCAAUUGCUCAACGAAAUUAUGCCCAUGAUAUAUAAGCGAUUUACGGAGAAAACUGCAGAGGAGUGGCGACAAAUUUACAAAGCCCUUCAACUCCUUGAAUUUCUAGUGAAGAACGGGUCAGAGAGGGUUAUUGAUGAUGCGCGUUCUCACGUUUCCCUCCUCCGGAUGCUUCGGCAAUUUCACUAUAUUGAUCAGAAUGGAAAGGACCAAGGUAUAAACGUGCGCAACCGAGCCCAAGAGUUGGCAAAACUUUUGAGUGAUGUCGAUGCGAUCCGCGCAGAGAGAAAGAAGGCAAGGGCCAAUCGAAAUAAAUUUGGAGGUAUCGAAGGUGGAAUGGGGUUGAGCUCAUUUGGAAGUGGUUCCCGAUAUGGUGGGUUUGGGAGUGAUGAAGCUUCAUAUGGUGGAUAUAGCGGAGGGGUGUAUGGGGACGGAGGCGGAUUUGGUGGUAACACUGGAGGAUAUGAAGACACAGGAAGAAGGAGCAAUCGCUUUGAAGAGUACGACGAGGGCGACGAUAUCUCCGCGACUCCUUCUAGCGGGCGUAAGGCGAACACUACCUCCUCUACCCCUAGUCGGCGAGAAACAAAAAAGCCGGAACCUGCCAAGGAAUCAGAGGCCUUAUUUUCCUACAACAGCGAAGAGCCUAUCGCAGACACAUCAAUUCUCGCGCCACCCAAUCAGUUAUUCGGUAUCUCCGAGAACAAGGCAGCUGGAUCUCAAAAAAACAAGAUCAUUACCCAAAGCAACGCAGAUGAUGAUGACUUUGAUGAUUUCCAGUCUGCGCCCUCUUCUGCGCAAGCUGCGCCAUCGCAGCCACAGCUUUCAUCCAUGCCUCAUUCAACCCUCGCCGCUGCGACAACCCAAUCAACCACACAAUAUGCCGCGCCUACGCCCGUGUCGGGUACACAGGGUGCGAACCUGAACGGCAUUGUUGGGUUUACCUCGCCAUCGCCAAUUAGCAAUGCUUCUGCCGCAUCUACCCAACGCCCAAAUCUUAUCGGUACCGGUGUGUCGGCGUCAAUGCAGUCACAAAUACCAAAGUCUACGGGCUACCAAGCGGUGCAACCAAACUACUUCACGUCUGUCCCAGCACCACAACAACAAAGCUCCCAGGGCCAGAGCAAAAGCCCACUAUCAUCCCCUUCUAUUCCCGGUACCAACAAGCCAGCCACGAGCACAUCGGCGAAGGCCAGCGGAGAUGCAUUCGGCAGUCUCUGGACAGCCGCAAGCACCAACGCGGGACUUAAGACAUCUACCUCUUCCCAACCCAAAGGUCCUAAUCUCGCCAGUAUGGCGAAGGAGAAGACAAGUGCAAGCAUAUGGGGCCCUCCUGCCACUUCAACUGCUUCUAGCCCAAGUGUGGGAAACAGUAAACCGCCAGCUCCGAAUCCACAGACCAGUGGGAAUGGGUUGGAUGGUCUGUUUGGAUGAGAUGUUGGUUUCAUUUUUCUUUUGGACAAAAAUGUAGAAACGGGGACUCACGUUGCCAGAUGAGAUGGGGCGAAGGAUGAAGGAGAGUGUGAAAUUGAACUCAAAUAUUGAGAGUUUGAACAAAAAGGAAAACUGAUAUCGACAGAAAUGCGUGGAUAUUUUUUGAAUUAGUGGAGAAAGCAAAAUUUUUACCUUCCAGUUUGAACGGAUACCUCCCUACCUAUUCCAUCCCAUUGACUUAACUGAUUCUUUCUCUGCCUGUCAUCUUGUUCCCAUUUCAUUCAAGCAGCAUGUGCAAUCUAGCUUAAGAAUGUCGCUUCUGGAAAUACAUGUGUUUACUUUUAAAAAUCAUUUCCUAAUU